GGUAAUGAUAGCACGAGAUGAGAUGUUGUCGACAAACCAUCUUUAAUCAGUUAGUUAUUCGUAGUUAGUUUAACUGCUAGAAUGUCUGCUAUCCGCCAAGCUGGAUUUACCGCGAUCGUCGGGUACCUGGGCCUGAGCAUGGGUAUAGUAUACUCUUGGCCUUCGUCAACUCUUCGCCUGUUUUCUUCAACGAAUACGACCCUGGAUAGACCCAUGACAGAGACAGAACUGGCACUAUUCGGCAGUCUGUCAUCUAUAGCGGCUCUGGUCAGUGUGCCAUGCGCUGGUUUCUUAGUUGAUGUCCUUGGCAGGAAGUAUUCCUGUGUACUCUUCUCUUUGCCGCAAGUUAUUGCCUGGGCAAUGAUAUGCUGUUGCUAUAAAGUGGAAUUGAUCUUAGCAGCAUUAUUUAUAUCUGGUCUUGGUGGGUGCAUCUUCAUGAUAGUACCUAUGUUCAUCUGCGAAUUCUGCCAGGAAACCGUUAGAGGAAUGAUGACGCCAGUCCCUAUAAUAUUCUAUGGACUUGGUAUGCUUUUGUCGUAUGUUUUUGGGGGCUGUUUGGAGUACGCGAAAAUGAACUAUGUGUCACUUAGCCUUGCUGUCAUAGGCUUGUUUCUAAUGGGUUUGAUGAAGGAAUCCCCCACGUUUUUGAUGAAGAAAGGACUUGAAAAGGAGGCAGCGGAAUCCAUAGCGUAUUUCCGAGGUGUGAAAGUGAGCUCGAAGUUAGUAACACAAGAACUGAAUACAAUCAGGAGAGCGCUGAACCCUGAUUUUGAGAUGACAGAAGAUGCAAUAAGCGAGGAGGAAAAGCUAAAACCAUCAAUGACAACGGAAAAGCUCUCAUUCUGGCAAUUCAUCAAAAAAUCACGUUCAACAAGAAGAGCCCUGAUGCUAUGUCUAGUGUUGUACACGGCAUCGAUAUUCCAAGGCUUAGUGGUCGUUCAGGUAUAUGCGGAGCCACUGUUCGAGGAAGCUGUGCCGAAUAUCUCAACUACACUAUCGAGUGUUUUGUUCGCUAUCAUCGUCAUUGUCUCUGGCUUGAUGGCUUCUUAUCUCAUGGAGAAAGCUGGAAGGCGGCCUUUAUUGAUCUACUCGUCCGCGGUGUCCGGCGUGGCUUGUCUAGUACUAGGCUCGCAGAUUCAGUUCCAUUGGGGGCCGCACUGGAUAUCAGCUAUAUUUCUCUACACCUACUGCAUCGCUUAUUCUGUCGGGCCUGCUAUGGUGCCUUUCGUUCUCGUCGCAGAAGUAUUUUUACCUGAGGUCAAAAGCAUCGUAUCCGUGAUAUCCGUAGAGUGGGCCUGGAUUUGCAACUUCAUAAUACUCUUCAUCUUCAAUCCCCUCGUAGCUGCCGUUGGUCUCGGGCCAGUCUUCUAUCUCUUCUCUGCUGUCUGCUUCGCCACUGUAGUCUUCUGUAUCUUCUUCCUACCAGAAACUAAGGGUUUGACAGUGGAUGUUAUACAAACGCUGUUUGUAAGACGCAGAGGCGCAGCAGUAAUAUAGAUUUAAGGCUGUGUUGGGAGUUCUAUUAUAAACUAAUAAAAGAGCAACUUUUCUA